AUCAUAUCAACGCCGAAAUCGCGAACAGGAGUACUAAAGCGAUCUCAAUGAACAGCACGAUGAUCUCGAGAGUGUGUAAGUACAAAGAAGUUUUGGAGGUUCUGAUCGGCACAGCAGGCUUCGCUCAACAUCCGAUCAAACUAAGUAGCCAAGUUAAUAUCGCAUGUAGGAAAUAAGAAGUCAUGGCCGACGUAGUUCUACUUCCCUAACAGCACAGCCGCAGCCCGCAAGCUGCGCCUACACAAGACCACACAGACCACGCCGAAAUGGGAGAGAACAAUGGAGGCGGCAAGAACAGCAAGUCCGGCAGCGACGAAUCUUCUCGGCUCUAUGUCGACGACCACAAGAUCCCCCGAAUUUCCAUCGACCACUUGACGACCGAGCGGUUCUGUGCGGAGUUUCUUCGCCCCAACAAGCCUGUGAUAAUCACCGGGGUCGUGGAAAAAUGUAUCAACUGCAAGAAUGUCUGGGUCGGGGCUUGUCAUGCACAUUUUGCAUGAUCCGUGAGGUCUGUGAUGCUGGUUCUAGCAUCACAGAUUUUUUGAAAGCUUCUUGAUGCUAAUUACGCAUGAGAAAUACCCUCUCUGCGUGCCAAGAGCUGACUCCUCUUGCCGCUCAUGCAACAUAGACAUUUUUGGAAUCCGCAGACGGCAUUACAAGUUCUACUCUUCCAGACCCAGACAUAUUUGCAAUCGAUAAAAUGGGAGGUUUUCCAACACUGGCGCAGCUUCGACAAGUUCCUCGCGUCGUGCGGCAGUGUGAUCCUGCCCGAGGAGAUUAUCGCAGCGGGUGAAGCUUGUGGAGUUGCGAAGAAGGAGCUGAACCAGAACAAACCAAGGACCACGGUACGGGAAUUUUUGGAGACCACCAGAAGUUCGAGUUCAUCUCGCGAUGAUAAGGAACAAGUGCCGGUGCCAGCGAGUUCUUGUCUACCUGGUUGUGUACCAACCCCGCGAUUUAUUUCCCAGCCGUCCUACCUGAAAGACUGGCACCUGCAGCAGCUGUGCGAGGAGGGAAGGCUAGAAUUCGACCAAGUGGAGGUUGAAGAUGUUGAAAGUUGUGGGCAACAAGAACAGAGAGAAAUAGAGGAACAAAACAUCAGGAUACAACAAACCAUCCGGGGCGAGCCACGAGGUGAACCACGAGAGGACAUAGAGUUGGCCGCAACGUCGACGUCGUGCCCUCUUACUUCCACAGAUCGCACUCUGCGGUCGACAAGUUCUCUUUCGGUCUCAUCAACAUCUCCCAGCACGACAAGGUCGCCCAGCUCCGAGGAAGACGACGACCGUGAUCAACAUCCGGAAAGGAAAGCUGCUGCACCGUUAUUCUACUGCCGCGACCUUACUACUAUUUCAGGCCGUCGUGGUUUUGAAGUUCCUGCGGAUGGAGGUCGCCCGGGAGCCAUGACGGGCAACAAAGCUGAAACAGAGAGAACAAACACAGGUGCUGUCCGCGACGACCCCAGCUGCACGACGGGAGAUGAUGUUCCACAGCCACCCCGCCCAGCGACCAAGUCGUCCCGUGCUUCGAGAACAACGACGACCGUCCAGCAGCUGAUGUGUGACUACCAAGAGAAGCUCCCCGACUUUCUCGGGAAAAGUUUUCAAUUCGACUGGCUGAACCACCCGCCGCCGGUGGGGCUCGGGGAGGACUACCGGUUCUGCUACGCCGGGAGAAAGGGAACGGCGACGGCGCCGCAUUUUGACGUGCUCUGCAGCUACAGCUGGUCGGCGAACAUUUGCGGGCGGAAGUUUUGGCGGCUGUUCAGCUGUGCGGACUUCGGGAGCUUGGUGGACGAGAAGAGGAAUGUGAUCGAUUAUCGCGGCCCUGAGUCAUUUGCAGGAGAUCAUGGGGAACAUCAAGACGGUAGUUGUCAAGUCAGGACAAACGACUGCGACCAGGUAGAAGAAAUAUCAGGGAAACAACAACGACACCAUCCUCAAGUCUACCGGGUCGUGCAAAACCCGGGGGAAUUAUUCUUCGUUCCUGCCUGCUGGGUGCACGACGUGGUAAACAUCACCGACGCGGUUUCGAUCAACCACAACUUAUGGAACUGUCAGGAUCGAAAUUGACAAAGUCGAAAAAUUUGUGAUGCAUAAAAUGCAUGACGCGAAACACGUGUGUAGUUGCAGAGCAGGCAAUUGAGGCCGAUUGUAAGCCUGUUUGGGGUUAUAGUUCGAGCUGCUAAAGCAGCAUGAGAGAAUCAGUCUUCUUUGCCUAAACAGCAUUACAAACUGGAUUUAGACACAGCCAGAAUUUGUGAUGCGCAACUUAGAAACUGGGUUCGAACUGGAAUCCAUUUUAUGCAUGACAAAUCAUUUCGAUUUUGUCAAUUUCGAUUGUGACACUCCCAUACAACUGGCUCAACGCGUUUUCGCUGGACAGAUUGUUCGACUUUCUCGUGGCGGAGCAGCAGGCCCUGCUCCGGGAGGUUGCAGAAUACAACCACCAGGGGGAAAAGCAGGGGAAUGACUGUGAGGUCCUCUUGUGCUCGUCUUUGUCACCAGCACCGAGCGGGAACAACAAGGGAAGUGCUGGUGCAACAGCCGCUGCACCAGAAGACAGCGCACCUCUUCGAGGCUCUGCCCCUUCUGUUAGCGGAAACAACAGACAGAGCUUGGGUGCUCGUGCUGAUGAUUGUAGUCCUCGCGUACAGGACCUACAAGGAUGCACUAGUGACUCUGCUGGUGCGACAACAUCGCGACGUGGUGGAGAGAGCCAGAACCUCCAAGACAACCACUGCUACCAAGAGGGCGAGCGAGAAGGAGAAUCCUGUAGAAAUAUAGAAGAAUAUCCUCUAGUAGACCCGGACUUGCUGGAAUCCCUGCUGCAAAUGAGCGCGAUGUGCAACUUUUCCAAGUUUGGCCGGCUGCUAGCGAUCGGGAAAAAACAGGCAGAAUUGCUCGGAAACGACCUAAAUCCGGAUGCAGUCGCGGCGAUCGCGAGCGCGGAGCGGAGGUUUUUGCUCCGAAAGGGCGGAGCGCGAUUUUCGCGGGGUUGA